UGCCUGGACAGAACUAAUGACGGACCCCAAGUCAGUCUGUGUCUCAGUAGAUGAAGUGGUCUCAAAUGGAAUGGCCACCCGACAAGCCCCCAUCUUCCAGAUGCGUUUAAAGAAAGUGGAGAAUGGGGUGACAGAGGCCCACCGUUUCUCGUACUUACCACGGCGGCUUGCAGUCACUAUUGAGUUCAAAAACCUCUCCUACUCCGUCUCUGAGGGCCCAUGGUGGAGGAAGAAGGGUUACAAGACUUUACUGAAGGGUAUCUCAGGCAAAUUUAGCAGUGGAGAGCUCAUCGCUAUCUUAGGUCCCUCAGGAGCUGGGAAAUCAACGCUCAUGAAUAUUCUGGCAGGUUACAGGGAAAGUGGAAUGAAAGGUGAGCUCCUGAUUAAUGGACACCCACGAGAUCUCCGAUCCUUCCGGAAAGUGUCAUGUUACAUCAUGCAGGAUGACAUGCUGCUCCCUCACCUCACUGUUCAUGAGGCGAUGAUGGUUUCAGCUAACCUGAAGCUCCAGGAGAAAGAUGAAGGUCGAAAAGAAAUGGUGAAGGAGAUUCUAACAGCACUUGGCCUCUUAGAAUGUGCCAACACUCGGACUGGCAGCCUUUCUGGAGGGCAGAGAAAGCGUCUUGCCAUUGCUCUAGAGCUGGUGAACAACCCUCCGGUCAUGUUUUUUGAUGAGCCUACCAGUGGUCUGGACAGUUCUUCCUGUUUCCAGGUUGUUUCUCAAAUGAAAUCCUUGGCUCAAGGUGGGAGAACUGUCAUCUGCACCAUACAUCAGCCCAGCGCCAAACUCUUUGAACUCUUUGACAAGCUCUAUGUCCUCAGCGAAGGGCAGUGCAUCUACCGUGGAAAUGUUUGCAGCCUUGUCCCAUAUCUGAGGGAAAUCGGUCUGCACUGUCCCACCUACCACAACCCUGCUGACUUCGUGAUGGAAAUCGCAUCCGGUGAGUACGGUGAGCAGAACCCUCGGCUGGUGAAAGCGGUGCAGGAUGGGAAGUGUGAUACUGACUGUAAGCCGCACGAAAACAAGGACAAGGAUCUCAACCCUUACCUCUGGCAUCGGCCAUCUGUUGAGGACCCAUCUCCCUCAGAGGGUUGUCACAGUUUCUCUGCCAGCUGCCUCACCCAGUUCUGCAUUCUCUUCAAAAGGACCUUCCUCAGCAUCAUGAGAGACUCAGUUCUGACUCACCUCCGCAUCACCUCACAUAUUGGGAUUGGUUUGUUGAUCGGUUUGCUGUAUCUGGGCAUCGGUAAUGAGGCAAAGAAGGUGCUGAGCAAUUCGGGAUUUCUCUUCUUCUCCAUGCUCUUCCUGAUGUUUGCUGCGCUAAUGCCCACUGUCCUCACCUUUCCACUGGAGAUGGGAGUUUUCCUUCGGGAGCAUCUAAACUACUGGUACAGCCUAAAGGCCUACUACCUGGCAAAGACAAUGGCAGAUGUUCCCUUUCAGGUGAUGUUUCCUGUGGCUUACUGCAGCAUCGUAUACUGGAUGACAUCACAACCAUGCGAUGCUCUGCGUUUUGUUCUGUUCGCAGCUUUGGGGACUAUGACAUCAUUGGUGGCGCAGUCUUUGGGUCUCCUGAUUGGAGCAGCAUCUACAUCCCUGCAGGUGGCAACGUUUGUGGGUCCCGUCACUGCCAUUCCUGUGCUGCUCUUCUCUGGAUUCUUCGUUAGUUUUGACACCAUUCCCAAGUACCUCCAGUGGAUGUCAUACAUUUCUUACGUCAGAUAUGGCUUUGAAGGGGUCAUCCUCUCCAUCUACGGUCUUGACCGUGAAGAUCUCCACUGCGAGAAAGACGAGACGUGCCACUUCCAAAAGUCACAGGCAAUUUUGAAAGAGCUCGAUGUCGAACAUGGCAAACUCUACCUGGACUUCAUCGUCCUGGGAAUCUUCUUUGUCACCUUGCGCCUCAUAGCCUACUUUGUCCUGAGGUAUAAGAUCCGGGCUGAGAGGUAAAUCAGGCAGAUACCUCUGGACACCAGUGUUAAACAGGUUGGGUUUGUCUCACUACAGUGACAUUGCACCUCAGGGAAUUUCCGCCAUAGAUAUAAAAUGUCUAAACCCCCUCUGGUAUCGAGUUCUAGGCAGACCCCAGCUUUGACUCUAAUUACCUGGUCAUUUCCGCAGUCACAGGACAAGAAACAACUGAUGACUGAGGGCCUAGUUCCAAGCAUCUGAAUUUUGACAUGGUGCCAAAUGUUCUUGCCACAUGUGAUAUGCUCUGUCAGUUGACUUCUCCAGCAAGUCAGGGCAACUGGAGCUGCAUAAGAGCACCCAAGCAUUUCGCAAUAUAUUUCUGGCUCUCGAGAGCAAAGUUGUCUAUCCUUUUGCUGUCCUGUGCGGGAGAAAGCUCGGAUCAAGAGCAGUG